AAUACAUACAUUUUAACCUUGAAUUUAAUUGAAUUCAGAAGUGUCUUCUCUGAAGAAGUUUUUUUCUCUUCCCUUAAUUUGUUGAACAAAAUCAUCGAUGCCUUGCGGGUACUGCUGUGAACACAAGUCUAGCUCUCGGAUUUGCUGCUUCGUUUUUAAAACCCAAAAACAAUGCUGCCCUUGUUGGUGUUGUGCUGAUGAUGAUGGUGAAACUCCAAAACCAAGCAAGAAGAAAUCCGAGACGAAGAAACAAGAGGCGGCUAAAAAUCCUGAGAUCAAGCCUACAGAAGAAAAGCUACUUAGAAACCAAAAGGAAUCAGAGAAGAAAUCUGAGCCACUGAAGGAAGAGAAGGGAAAAAAUUUAUUGCCUGAGACCAAGCCUGGAGAACACAAACCAUUGCCAAACAAAAUGGAAUUGGAGAAGAAAUCUGAGCCAACAAAGGAAGAGAAUAAGGAGAAAAAAAUAUUGCCUGAGACAGGGCCUGGAGAACAUAAAUUUCCGCCAAAAAAAAUGGAAUUGGACAAGAAAUCUGAGCUGAUGAAGGAAGAGAAGAAGGCCUCAAAAGAUCAGGAAGAGAAGGAGAAAAAACGUGAGAGUGAGCAGGCAGAAUAUAAGCAACCGGCAAAUGAAAAGGAAUCGGAGAAUAAAUCCAAGCCAAACAAGGAAGAGAAAAUUGAAAAAAAGUCACCCGAGAAAGGGCCUGCAGAAGAGAACCUAUUGGAGAAGGAUGAAGAGAGGAAAGCCGAGACAACGAAAGAAGAGAAUUACCAAGAAGGCAAAGUUGCACAAGGAUCAAAUCCUAAAGAAAAGAGACAGUUAAACAUAACUGUCAAUCUUCAAUUUGGGGGCCGAUAAAUCAAUCCCAAAAUUAAAGCCAAGAAACAGUUAAAAAUAAGUGUGUUAAUUGCUUAGGAUUUCAUUUGUAAUUUGUCUUUGCUUAAUCUUCUGUUUAAUGUAAUUACAUACUUGUAUAAAUUUAAUUGUCAA